AAUUGCUACUGAGGAAAAUGCUGUCUUGUUUAUUCAGCUUAUCAUAAAAUAAGUUAGAAUCUCAACAAAACACAAAAACAUUUACAAUAGGAAAAACUCACAAUUUUGUGUUUUAUUCUAUGAUGAAUUAGCAAAUAUUUGCUGAGCAUCUUCUCUGUCCCAAAUAUUAUUUGGAUAAUGGGGUGCAGCAGUAAUGCCAGCAAUGGGGAGUACUUACAGGUUACACAAAGGAAAUAACCCAACAUAUUCAUUUAUGCUGCAUACGAUGAAAAACACCAGAGAGAAAAAUAUGGGGUACGAGGUGCUUUCAUAUGAACUUUUCCAUAGUUGAAUAGUUGUAUACAAUUUUAAGUUGCUGACCAUGUGUAGAAUGUAUAUCAUAAACUAGAAGUAACAUGUAGAUUUUUUUCUUUAUGAAACCCAACCAACUGUAACCACAAUUUUUGUACCUAGGAGACAUAAAAUUACAAAGAAGCCCCAGAAGUAUUAACUUCACUUUACGCUGAAAGAAUUUUAAGGAAUCGCAUGGCUAUAUGUUACUAAUUUUACAAAGUGAAUGAUCAAUCAGUACUGUGUCUUUUUCUCUCUCUUAGUUUCACCUAAAGUGUCUCCAGCUUGUCUGUGUUGUUUAUUCUUGAGAUUUUUAGAAUCUAGCAUAUUAAGAAUUCUUUUUUUGUUGAACGAGAGACUGAAUAAUUAAAAUAUUUAGUGUUUAAACUUCUGACAACCAGACUGUAAAAAGAAUGGAACCAUGCAGCGGUCUGUUGAAGAGCAUAGUCAACGCAUGGUGGCGCUGCAGGCUAAGACUUUAAAAAUGAGGACCGCGACAAGAUUUAAAAAAAAAAAAAAAAAGCUUCUUCAGAUCCCAGACCUUUGAGACUCCAGAGAAUGCUGAUAAUCUACACUUGGGAGCAGGCUAUUAACUGACAGGUCGACCACUGUCUGGAUGCCCUUGUACCCUGGGUGCAGAAGCAAAGAUGAAGAUUGGAAGGGAACACAGACAAAGGCAAGUUCUGUUGAUCUUUCUCUUGCUGGGAGUGGCUAGGGCGGGCUGGGAAUCCCGCCAUUACUUUGUGAUGGAGGAAACACCCAGCGGCACUGUUUUGGCAGAUCUAGUCCAGGACCUAGGGCUGGGAGUUGCGGAGCUAGCUGCUCGAGGAGCCCAGGUAGUCUCUGAGGAAAAGGAAUCACGCUUGCAGCUGGAUCUACAGACUGGGAAGCUAAUCUUAAAUGAAAAACUGGACCGGGAGGAGCUGUGCGGCCCCACUGAGCCCUGUGUCACUCAUUUCCAAGUGUUACUGAAAAAACCACUGGAAAUCUUUCAAGCUGAGCUACAAGUAGGAGACAUUAAUGAUCAUUCUCCUGAGUUUCCUGAAAGAGAAAUGGCCGUGAAAAUCAUAGAGAAUAGCCCUGUUGGCACUGCAUUUCUACUCAAAACCGCUCAGGAUUUGGAUGUGGGAAAUAACAGCAUUCAGAACUAUAAGAUUGGCACCAACUCUCAUUUCCAUGUUUCCAUCCACAACCGAGGUGAUGGGAGAAAAUACCCAGAGCUGGUGCUGGACAAAGAGCUUGAUCGCGAGGAGCAGGCAGUGUUCAGAUUAACUCUGACAGCGCUGGAUGGUGGUUCUCCACCCAGGACUGGCACCUCACAAAUCCGGAUUAUUGUCUUGGAUGUCAAUGACAAUGCCCCUGAGUUUGCACAGGCUUUCUACCGGGUGCAAAUUCCAGAGAACAGCCCCUCCGGUUCCGUGGUUGCUAAGGUCUCUGCUAAGGAUUUAGACAGUGGGACAAAUGGAGAGGUAUCAUACUCUCUUUUUCAUAGUUCUCAGGAAAUGAGCAGAACUUUUGAGCUAAACGCCCUGUCAGGAGAAGUUCGACUAAUUAAAACACUGGACUUUGAGACAACACCUUCAUAUGAACUAGACAUAGAGGCAACUGAUGGCGGGGGUCUUUCUGGAAAAUGCUCUGUUUCUAUUCAGGUGGUGGAUGUCAAUGAUAAUUACCCAGAACUAAUUAUAUCAUCGCUCACCAAUCCAAUCCCAGAAAAUUCACCAGAGACAGAGGUGGCUCUGUUUCGGGUUCGAGACCGAGACUCUGGAGAAAAUGGAAGGACAGUUUGUUCCAUCCAGGAUGGUGUUCCCUUUACACUGGAACCUUCCUUUGAGAACUUCUAUAGACUGAUGACAGAUGGAGCUUUGGACAGAGAGAUCAGAGCUGAGUACAACAUAACUAUUUCCGUCACCGACCUGGGCACACCCAGGCUCACAACCCAGCACACCAUAACAGUGCAGGUGUCCGAUAUCAACGACAACGCCCCCGCCUUCACUCAAACCUCCUACACUAUGUUCAUUCUCGAGAAUAACAGCCCCGCCCUGCACAUAGGCACCAUCAGCGCCACAGACUCAGACUCAGGCUCCAAUGCCCACAUCACCUACUCACUGCUGUCGGCCCAGGACCCACAGCUGUCCCUCACCUCGCUCAUCUCCCUCAAUGCUGACAACGGGCAGCUAUUCGCGCUCAGGGCGCUGGACUAUGAGGCCCUGCAGGGCUUCGAGUUCCACGUGAGUGCCACAGACCGAGGAUCACUUGCGCUCAGCAGCCAGGCGCUGGUGCGCGUGGUGGUGCUGGAUGACAAUGACAAUGCUCCCUUCGUGCUCUACCCGAUGCAGAACNCCNCUGCNCNCUGCACNGAGCUGCUGCCCAGNGCNGCNGAGCCCGGAUACCUGGUCACCAAGGUGGUGGCUGUGGAUCGCGACUCUGGCCAGAAUGCCUGGCUGUCAUUCCAGCUGCUCAAGGCCACGGAGCCCGGGUUGUUCAGCGUGUGGGCGCACAAUGGUGAGGUGCGNACCACCAGGCUGCUGAGCGAGCGCGAUGUGCCCAAGCACAGGCUGCUGCUGCUGGUCAAGGACAAUGGAGAGCCUCCACGCUCUGCCAGUGUCACACUGCACGUGGUAGUGGUGGAUGGCUUCUCCCAACCUUACCUCCCUCUGCCAGAGGUGGUGCGCGACCCCAGUCACCAGGAAGGUGAUGUGCUCACGCUGUACCUGGUCAUUGCCUUGGCGUCUGUGUCUUCUCUCUUCCUCCUGUCUGUGCUGCUGUUUGUGGGGGUGAGGCUGUGCAGGAGGGCCAGGGCGGCCUCUCUUAGUGGCUGUACUGUGCCUGAAGGACACUUUCCUGGCCACCUGGUGGAUGUCAGUGGGGCAGGGACCCUGUCUCAGAGCUACCAGUAUGAGGUGUGUCUUACAGGAGAUUCUCAGAGUAAUGAAUUCAAAUUCUUGAAGCCUGUGUUUUCUGGUAUUAUAGACCAAAACUAUGGUAGGCAACCAGAUGAUCUGUCCUUCCCAAGUGUUUUAGGCAUGUGAAACUUCACAUUUCGCUCUCUGUAUUCUUCUGUCACUUUUGCUUUUGCAUUUUCUUUUCAAAUCUGGUAGUAAUGUUUACAUGUGUUUGUUUUUCUUUUUCUCUACUAGUUUACAUAGUAUUGUUAUUGGUUUAUUAGCUUGUUAACUGUUUAAGUAUUUUUCCAAAUCUAUUGUUGCUGAACAUUUUACAUCAGGACACUUCAUGUUCCUGAUUGAAUUUGCCAUAAUCUUCUUAAAGAAUGUGUAUGUUCUGUAAUGAAUAAAAUUCUAAUUAUAAAAGUAUAUUUCCUGUCCCAGGGGAAUAAAUUAGUUUAUAGAGUGCUUAUGUGUUUGUUGGAGGCCUUAGGUUGGAUCCCUCUAUAAAUCCAGCACUUGGAGGUGGAGGCACACUAUCAGAAAUUCAAGGUCAUUGUCUACAUAGAGAAUGCAAGCUUAGCCUGGGCUAUGUGAUGAACAAUGUGGGUUAAGUCUCAAAAAUUAAAAAUAUAAUUCUGGUGUAUGAUCCCAUAGAAGAACAUAUGAUUUCUUUUAAAUAAUACUUAAUUUUAAAAUUGGAAGUCCUUAGUUUUAUUAUUUGCAUGGCUAUGACUUCAGUAGCCUCAUUUGUCUUGUCUUUGGAAGCAGUUCAUAUUCAUUAAUGUCAAGUUUCUUCCAGAUUCCCUAGUUAUGUUUUCUAUUUUCCAACACUGUAAAUAUCAUCUCAUGAAAACCAGACCUACAUCAUCCAUUCUCUCUCUUCUAAAUUAAUAUUGAAAGGGGUAAAAUUCUCUUCAUUGUCUUAAGCUGAUAGGAGCACUUGGCACUGAUGACAUAAAGUCAAUAAGCUCCAGGAAGAGUGAAGAGUAGUGUGUGUGUGUGUGUUUGCUGUUACUUGUUAUAGGGGGAAAAUCCUGACAUAAACCCCAAAUUCUGGCCUCAGAGUAGCUUCUGGUUGUAUAGAAUGCCAAUAUUCAAAUGCUUUGGAUGAUGAAAUUGCUGAUUGAUAAGAAAUUAGCAUUAUAUAGGAUUAACAUUAGUUAACUAAACAAAUUUUAGUAAGGAUGUGUUGGUGUAGUAUUGGAUGAUUUGGAGAAAUUUUUCAAAGAUGUUCAGUCCUGAUCACUAGAACCCAUGAAUAUUACUUUAUAGUGUAGAAAGAAAACUUGAACCAUAAGGUUGUUAAUAGGUAAACUUAAAAACAGGGUGUGUAUUCUAGAUCAUUUGGGUGGGUCUGAGAGAACCAGUGAAAAGAUUUAAAAGCAAAGUUGAAUCUACCCAGAGAUGUAGAACAAU